CGCUCAGGCCAGGGGUUCCGGCUGUAUUUCUAUGAGCGCAGCCGGCAGCUGCGGAGCUGCGGGAACCGGACAGGGGCCGAGCUGGACAGCUGUAACCAUCCACGUUCAGGUUAAUUUGAAUAAGAGAUCUGACCUGACCAGCUCAACUGUACACAUACAGCUCUUCGAAGAAAAUUAAUAUUUGCCCUGAGAGGAACAAGUGACACAGAUCAAGAUGAAUGCCAUGAUGGAAACCCCUGAGCUCCCAGCCGUGUUUGACGGGGUGAAACUGGCUGCCGUGGCUGCUGUGCUGUACGUGAUUGUCCGGUGUUUGAACCUGAAGAGCCCCACAGCCCCGCCUGACCUCUACUUCCAGGACUCAGGGCUGUCGCGCUUCCUGCUCAAGUCCUGUCCCCUUCUAACCAAAGAAUACAUUCCACCGUUGAUCUGGGGGAAAAGCGGACACAUCCAGACAGCCUUGUAUGGGAAGAUGGGAAGGGUGAGGUCGCCACACCCUUACGGGCAUCGGAAGUUCAUCACCAUGUCUGAUGGAGCCACAUCUACGUUUGACCUCUUCGAGCCCUUGGCUGAGCACUGUGUCGGAGAUGAUGUCACCAUGGUCAUCUGCCCUGGAAUUGCCAACCACAGUGAGAAGCAGUACAUCCGCACCUUCGUUGACUACGCGCAGAAGAAUGGCUACCGGUGUGCUGUGCUGAACCACCUGGGCGCCCUGCCCAACAUUGAGCUGACCUCGCCACGCAUGUUCACCUAUGGCUGCACAUGGGAAUUCGGAGCCAUGGUGAACUACAUUAAGAAGACCUACCCCCUGACCCAGCUGGUCGUCGUGGGCUUCAGCCUGGGGGGUAACAUCGUGUGCAAGUACUUGGGGGAGACCCAGGCGAACCAGGAAAAGGUCCUGUGCUGCGUCAGUGUGUGCCAGGGGUAUAGCGCACUAAGGGCCCAGGAGACCUUCAUGCAGUGGGACCAGUGCCGGCGCUUCUACAACUUCCUCAUGGCUGACAACAUGAAGAAGAUCAUCCUCUCGCACAGGCAAGCUCUCUUUGGAGACCACGUUAAGAAACCCCAGAGCCUGGAGGACACGGACUUGAGCAGACUCUACACUGCAACAUCCCUGACACAGAUCGAUGACAAUGUGAUGAGGAAGUUCCAUGGCUAUAACUCCCUCCAGGAGUACUAUGAGGAGGAGAGCUGCAUGAGGUAUCUGCACAGGAUUUAUGUACCACUCAUGUUGGUGAAUGCGGCUGAUGACCCCUUGGUGCAUGAAAGUCUUCUAACCAUUCCAAAAUCUCUUUCAGAGAAACGGGAGAACGUCAUGUUUGUGCUGCCCCUGCAUGGGGGCCACCUGGGCUUCUUUGAAGGCUCUGUGCUGUUCCCUGAGCCUCUGACGUGGAUGGAUAAGCUGGUGGUAGAGUACGCCAAUGCCAUCUGCCACUGGGAACGAAACAAGUCACAGUGCUCUGACACGGAGCAGGUGGAGGUGGAGCUGGAGUGAGGCCUCGGGACUCCGGCAAGCUGCAGUGGCCUGCCCCUAGGCCCCACGUCCCUUACUCGCUGCUUCAGGUCCCCCAUCUCCCUCCUGACCUGGAUCUGACCUCAUACCAUCAGCGGGCCACUUGUCAUGCGCUCCUAUCUCAAGUAGGCAGCUCUCUCCUGGGGGCUCCAGGCUAUUUUUGUGCUUACUUACUGGUUUUCUCCACUGCAUUGUUAGCCAUGGUGACAAGCAACAGGAUUCGCACCGUGUCAGGUUUCAGCAUCUGAUUGCUUUUAAGCCAAGUACACCUAGUUUCUCUAUUCAAAAUGUGUCUGGACAGCAGUUUUGCUUUGCCAAUCAAAAGGCCUUUCCCUGAGAACAGCAAAGGACACAUGUUACUUCGUGGUGAUUGUAUGUGCCCUUCCGUGGAGUUCCCCAUCCUAAGCGAGUGCUGAGGACUGCUGAGUUUGGGAAUCCUAGCACAUGGGCCUCUUAAAUGGCAAAGGAAUUCCCCUGAGUCACAAGCCAAGUUUUCUUCCUGCUCAUCUUCCAAGCAGUUUCCUCAUGCCUCGCUGCUGCUGAGAUUCUCAUGGGGCAUUUGUUAAAAAUUCAGCCUCCCAGGCCCCUCCCCUUGCCGAUGGUCUGGGAAGGGGUCUGGGGAUUUUAAUUUUUAACAAGUGCCCCAGGAGAUUCUCAUCACCAGGCAAACUUGGGAAACGCCUGUCCCGGCGCUUUUCCAUCACAGCACCUGAUGGCGCAUCUUAUUGCAACUCAUAGUCACUGGUGCCACCUCACUCCUAGGGGCUUCCAGAGCAGCAAGGCAUAUUGUGUAACUUCCCUGUGUGAUCACAGUGUGAUGUCCUGACAAAGGCCUUGGGGAGGAGUGGGAAUUUGGGCUGACCCUGGCUUUGCUUCUCACUGGCUCUGUGGCCCUGCAAGAGUCCUUUUGAACCUGAGGCUCUUCACCUAUGCCAUGGGGUGGGGGACCUUGGACCAGGUAAUGGCCGACAUGACCACCAAUUCUGAAGUUCAAUGAUAAACUCAGUCUACUGAGGUUUGAGAGAACAUCCCUCUUGGGACCGCAUGGCUGUCAUCAUUUGCCUUUUGUUUGUUUGUUUGUUUGUUUGUUUGUUUGUUUUUUCCCUGUCCCUCAUUUCAUAUAAAGAGGCCUGGGGAGUCUUUUUAAGCACUUAAUUGUAAUUUUAGUUUCUAACCCUGGUCCCUCUAACUCUGGUUUGAAGAAAGAUGUUUCCACCCGAAGGUGUCACUUGAAACAUUGAAAAGAAUAGUCUCUAAUUGUUAACUGUUGGAUGGAUCUUUCUGAACUGUCUUAAGUGAAAACAUCACUAUAGGUUUCAAGUACUUUUCUCCAGUCCUGUGGUACUUGACUAUCUAAGAACCCUAAGAGCCCUGCACUUGGAAAACUCAGCAGUUGCUCUCUGGAAACAAACAACUCUGAGAGAAAUCACCUGGAUACUUUACAAAGCUAUUUUCUCUCCUUCAUUUCCUUUGGCAGCAGGACAGACUAGAAAAUAAUUUGUGAGUCUGUGGGCAGGGGGCCAUCUGAGCUCUCCUAAAUGCCAGCCCAAAGGGUAUCCUGGCUGGAGUUUGGGCACUGGCCCAAGUGAAUGUGAUGGUAACGCCUGUAGCCUGAAGAAGUGCUUUCCUGACAAUCACAAGAUCACCCUGAUAACAACAGAAGCAGCCAUUCUCUCCGAAGACUGAGAUUUCUGUGGUCUCAACUUCGCUUUGGUAUAAUUUCUCACAGCAUCAGAUUGUGGAACUCCGGCUUUUCUCCCAAACUGUUGUUUUUGUCAAUGCAUUUUCUUUUCAUGUUCUUUUUGCACAAAUUGGCACUUUAUCCUCUGCCCCUCAAUCUGAAAGCUAGUCUUUCCCAUCUGUUACUUCUCCCACCACCCAAUCACAACUAUAACCUAGAAGAUUCCUAGCCAUCAUUCCUGCUAUGACCUUCAUCCCUUGAAGGAAUUUUUACUUUUUGUGAAAAUAGGUAAAUUAAGCAAUAACUUGAAAGGGUUGACUCGCCAUCCCCAGAAGUGAGGGGCUCCUUUUGUUUGCCUGAGGCUACAUCUCUUGACCCAUAGACUAGAGUGGUAGCCCAGGUACGAAUCCCUUCAGGAGAAAAGACCACUCUGUGGUCUCACACCCGGGGAGGGGAGUGGUACUAGGAGCGUGGGACACAGAUUUGCCACCAGAAUCCCCCAGGAGGUGGGGGCAGCUGAAAUCUCCUCAGUGUGUGAUCUGAAUGGUACUUACAUUUCAUUUUGGUUCACAUGAUAUCAACUGAAGCCCUCUGUUCAGGCCUCAGGCUCUCAGGCGUGGAAGUGAGCCCAGGACUGUGGCUGUCUCACAGGAGGAUUCUUGUUUGUGCCUGAAUGAGAGCACAGAGGGACUGAACGUGGAGAUGCAAAGUCGCCUGGUCAACAAGGGACCGGCACUUUCUAUGUAGGUCAUCUUUUUCCUUCCUCUGGACUUCUGCGCUCUCCUUCCCAGUCAUUCAUUACUGAUGAAAAUGCAAAUGCUCUCCUUGCUAGUAAGGUUUUAUUUGAGCUAAAACAAGGCUGAAUCUUUGAAGAGUAUACAAAUCUUCUAUUUUCAAAUCAUAUCAAGGCUAUAAAUCAUGUAGAUGUGGACAGUUCUUUGGCAGCAAUCACUUGUCAAAACCUAAGGGGCAGAAGCACCCACUUUUCACCUUGCCCCCCAAAUAAUUGGAAGACAAUGGUCCUAGUCAGAUUAGGAUUCUCUGACUU